AUGGAUUUCGAACCGGAGACAGCGUCUUUUCGGAAGAUGGUACCCUCACUCAGGCGAACGGCGACAAUAUUGAAUGGAAUGCUGGCUGGUAUGAAUAAUAUGUUUGCUGAAGAAGAAUUAAAGCUUGUUAGCCAUAGGCCGUCGCCACUCUUAACUGGAAAUGGAAUGUUAUCAAGGGAUGAAAGUAUGGUUUGUAGUGAGGAGAGACAAUCUAGCGUUGAAAGAAGCAUAUCCGGAACUCCUAGUCAGAAUGGAGAUGAGAUUGACAACCGACAAACAGAGGAUUUAGAAGAAGAUAAUGCAGCUCUCGCUGAUGAGUCCACAGGUAUGGAUAUUGAAGAAUCCACAGAAGUUUCUAUGAAACGAGACCUUCAAGAUCUGCAAAAAGGAUUUAUUUUCAUGAGUCAUCAGAUGACGCGCAUUAUGAAAGCAUUACAUGUCGCUCCAUGUGUUUGUGAAAUUUGUGCUAUUAGACAUGUGCAAGCGAAUACCGCUAGGACAGUUGAUGAUCCCACACCCAUACUCAAAGCUCUCUUCCCCAAUGCAACCAUAGAGCAGUUAAAUUCACUUGCCACCUUAGCGGGUAAAGCCCCAGCCCAGCAGAAACAGCAAUGCAUGACACAAAUAGGCCAAAAUUAUGCUGGGUUGAAUGGAGGCGGAAAAAUAGUUGGAAGUGCAGAGAAACGUUUAGUCGCUGAUUACGCCAAAACACAUGCAGGACUCGCCAAAAAGUACGGAGUGCCACCAGUCUCAAGUUAUUAUCAGAGAAAAGACAGUAACCAGAACCUAAGCGGAACAGCGAAUACUUCCCCUGGCCCAUCUUCAGAGGGAGAAGACACAGUCGAAAAUAGCAUCAAUAUGCCAGUCCUCCAACCAUCACAGACUGCUUCAAGUAAUGGACAGAGUGCUCAAAUAGUUCAAUCACAGCAGCAUAACACUAGUAGACAGAAUAGUAGUGUAUCAACUUCUGUGCCUUCUUCGCCUAUGUUCCCUAAUGGAGUUAUGGAUAUGUCCGCAAUGAUGAAAAUGAAUGCAGCUCAUUCCACUGGCUCUCCUGGCUUUUUACGUGGUAGAGGACGUGGUCGUCCUAAAUUAAUAGGAGAUGAAUUGGAUGCUGACUUAGUUGAUUACAUGGUUUCUGUGAAACAAGCUGAUCCAAGCGGACAUUUAACUGCUUCUCAAGCCCUUUCCAUCGCUAAGCAAUAUAUCUUAGAUAGAGCUCCUGGAUUGUUGGAAGAACAUGGUGGACAUGUCAAGUUAAAACUUACUUGGGCUAUGAAGUUGGUAUCGAGGAUUUCUGAGCGUCAAAAAGAAAUGGAACUCGGAUUACCAGCUGGCACACUCUCGAACCUAGGACGCCAACAACUUAAUAAUCUCCCUGGUGGAAAUCUUAUGGCCGAUAUUAUGGCUCAAAACAUAUUAUCCCAACACAUGAUGAUUGGAAACAUAGGUGGACAAAACACGAAUAGCGCCUCCGCUAUGAUCAAGGAGGAUAAGCUCGCUGGAGAGAUAGAAGAAACAACAGUUAUAGGAGCUCCAGAGAUUGUUAAUGUUAAAGAAUUAAACUUGAAAUUCUUGAAAAGUUUGUUCGAAGGUGGUUCUGUGGUUGAUGAUUUGAAUGGGAUUACGGAAGGAGAACUCCCAUUCAAUGAUGAGAAUGAAUUAAGCAAGCAGGACGGAACAUCUACAGAUGAGUUGACGAUCAGCUCCAGAGCUUGA